ACUAAGCGCUUGGUCACACCGGCAUAAAAUCCCUGAGCUGUCACAAAAUCCAAUUGUUUGCGUGUUCAUCGAGGAGUUAAAUCGUAAUUGCCGGCACAGGUUGGCUAACUUAAGUACUCAGGAUAAGAUAAGAUAACUCGGGAAGGACGCAAUGCAGCACGGACUACUGCUCGCCGGAUUGGCUCUGGUCAGCAGCCUUUCCAGUGGUGCCGCCACGGAAUCCAACGUGGUUACCUGCGGCUCCAUCCUGAAGCUCCUGAACUCAGACUACUCCUUCCGCCUGCACUCUCAUGAUGUGAAGUACGGAUCCGGAUCCGGACAGCAGUCAGUAACAGGCGUGGAGCAGAAGGAGGAUGUGAACAGCCACUGGGUGGUCAAGGCCCAGAGCGGAGAGCUGUGCGAACGGGGCGAGCCCAUCGCCUGCGGAUCCACCAUACGCCUGGAGCACCUGUCUACCAAGAAGAACCUGCACUCGCACCACUUCUCAUCGCCGCUCUCCGGCGAGCAGGAGGUGUCCGCCUACGGAACAGAUGGACUUGGCGACACCGGUGACCACUGGGAAGUAGUGUGCUCCAAUGACAGCUGGAUGCGGAGUGCCCAUGUGCGACUGCGCCACAUCGACACCGGCAUGUACCUCGGAAUGUCCGGCCGCUCUUACGGCAGACCCAUCUCCGGACAAAUGGAGAUAGUGGGCGUGCACAAACCGCAGCACGGAACGCGCUGGACCACGGCAGAGGGCCUGUUUAUCGUGCCCAAAGAAAAGAGCUCCACGCACGAGGAGUACGCCCACUCAGAGCUGUAGUGGUGAUAAGACACUGCUCUAGUUCUGUACCACUAUUAGUUCUGUAACUUAUAAUUUAGUUCAAUUUUUAUGUGAAGCGAGUUCAUUUUUUAGACCCACAAAGCAAAACAACAAAUUAAAUUUAUUUAAAUUCUAUCAGGGAAAUUCGAAA